AUGAUUUGUGAAAGAUGUGGAAGAGCAACUUGCUACACACAUAAUUCGCCUUGGCAUGAAGGUCUAACUUGUCAAGAAUAUGAUGCUAAAAUUGGUAAGGUUGAUAUAGAAUCCCGAACUUAUCUGGAAAAAAAUACUAAACCUUGCCCAAAUUGUGGAAUUCAUAUUCAAAAAAUUGAUGGAUGUGAGCAUGUAAAAUGUAAAAUUGAAAGUUGUCUUAUGGAAUUUUGUUGGUUGUGCUUAGGAGAUUGGCUAAAAGGAGAACAUUUAAGAAAUUGUGCGUUAUAUGAAGGUGUUGAAAUUGUUGUAUCUGAUUCAUCUGAUUCAUCCGAUUCAUCUGAAGACGAAAAUGAAACCUAUAUUGAAGAAGAUAUUUCAACUUUAGAUUCAGAAGAAGAGGAAGAUACCGACUCAUCUGAAGAAUUGGCACGAGAUUAUUUUGAUGAUACAUCUGAGGAAGAACACAUUAUUUCAACAGAUGAAACAGAUUCAUCAGAUGAUCUUGAUACCGAUUCAUCCGACGAUCUUGAUACCGAUUCACCCGACGAAGAACAAUUGUCAUCUGAUGAAGACGAAUCAUCUAAAUCAACAUUAUCUGAAGAAUCAACAUUGUCUGAAGAAUCGGCAUUAACUGAAGAAGUGGCAUUAUCUGAAGACUCGUCAUCUGAAAAAUCAACUUCACUUGAAGAAUCGACAUCAUCUGAAAAAUCAACUUCACUUGAAGAAUCGACAUCAUCUGAAAAAUCAACUUCACUUGAAGAAUCGACAUCAUCUGAAAAAUCAAUUUCGUUUGAAUCAUCUGAAGAAAAUGAUACUCUUGAAGAUUCUUAUGACUCGUCUGAUUAG